CUUCAUUUUUUUUCAUUACCUUUUUUUUUUUUUUGAAGAAAUACAUCAUCGAUAUGGCUGGUCAUUACGUUAUUGCUGGAAAGAAAAUCCCUAACCAUAUUCUCUCCAUGGGAUUCAUUGGUGCUUAUGCUGGUGCCUAUGCUCUCUAUGCCUUGAAGCCUAAACCUGCUCAACCUGCUACUCCUCCUAUUCAAGCUAGCUCCUCUGACGAAGAAGCUUUCAUCAAGGAAUUCUUGGCUAAGGCUGAAGCUGAAGAAAGCAAGUAAAUAACCAACCAUUUAUUUUUUUUUUCAACCAUAUCGACACAUCGACUUCCCUCCAUCACCCUAUUAGAUACAACAAUGAAAAAAAGGACUAGAUAUGGAAUACACAAUACGAAAGCCAACAAAUCAUUAAAAUUUUUACUAUAGUUAUGUUUUGAUUUUUAUUCUUUUGUAUUUGGAAAACUAAAAUAAAGAAAUCCUUUUUUUUUUAAUGUA